GCCCCAGGAGGGUGUAGCGAGCGGGGAGGUGUCUGCGUGUAGCAGUGUCGCGCUGACCGUCACCGGAGGAGAGUCUCGCUGCGGGCGUUGAAAUCCCGUCAAGAUGGAAGCACAAUUCCCAGCAUCACACACAACAACAACAGCACCUCAGGACAGUGUGGACAACAAACGUAUCUCAAUCAACAGUGGUUACCUCCGCACCAAUGAAGGCCGCCUCAAAGGUGCCCACUUGGUGAUCUGUAUUGUGGUCUUCAUCUGCACUAUGGCCUCAAAUUUUCCUCGUAGCAACCGGGCCAACUGGCUGAGCUUUGUGUCCAUGGGUGGCUUUUGGACCUCUGCAGUACUUCUCUUCCUGUAUAUAAUCAAUGUUGUAGUCCUUUUGUCCAUCAUACCCUGGCUUAUGCUGGAACUCUGUUAUACAGUCAUAUGGACGUUCUUCUGGUUUGUGUGUGGGUGUGUUGCCGCUGACUAUGCUGUGAGAGGGGCUGGAGAUGCUUUUGCUGUGGCUUCAUUCUUUAGCUUCGUUGCCAUGUGUAUAUAUGGUUUUAAUGCAUUCCUGUUUUAUAAAAAAGUGCGUGAGGGUGGCUUCACAUUGCCUUUCACAACCAGAACAUCGAGAAACACCACAGCAGCCGUUACCUCUGGUACCACCAUCACCACCAGCACCACCACUGUUCAGGAAAAGUAUUAAAUUGUUUGCAGAGCAAAUAUAUUGUGGAAUUAUGGAAUGUUAACAUUACUGCAAUGAAAAUAAAUUAGCUUAAAAUGACUUGUAGUCUUGUUGUAGGGUUCACUUAAUUUUUAGAGAGCAAAUACCAGUGGGGUUCCUUUGUGACUGUCAUUGGGAUUUGGGUAGUGUUGCGUGGUUGACUUUGGACAACCAUGUAAAGGUGGCUCUAUUUAGGAUAUAUUAUGUAUAUAAUAUUGUAUACUUUAUGUUGUAUGUAAUUUGGUUCCAUACAUAAAAAAUUUCACAUUUAUGUAUCUGUAUUCUAUAUUUUAAGACAUCCGUGUGUAUGUAUGUGUAUGUCAUGCCUAAUAGCCAAAACUGCUCUACUUGGCCUUGUAUGCAAGGUCCAAUUUGCCUAACAGGCCAAAUGAUUUUCAUUAUUGUCAAAUAUUUCUUUCCAGAUUGGUUCUUUCUAAUGAUAAUAAUCUAUUAGGAACAUGAAUUACUAACUUAGUUAUGUUAGGUAAUGUUACAUUAGGGUAGGUUAGGUUAGGUCAGUAAGAUCAGUAAGGGGCAUAACUGGCCGACCCCUCACAGUGUUCAAGAGAGAACUGGAUA